GUGAGUAAAUAACGGCUGCUGUCAUUCUGUUGACUCAGUUUGGGAUUUCUUCUCUUCGUAAUUUAGAAAUGUGUGCAUGUUGCCUAAUGACUGGCAGAGCGUUGAGUGCACAAGAGUUUCCUUGCUGACUGUCAUCGAGUGGAAACGUCUGUCGAGUCGCUGAAGGUGCAGGAACUCUCUGGAUGGGGACUGCUGAACAAGUGAAGAGCAGGAGGUGGCGGCAGGUCAUGUGAUUGAAGGAGAGGAAGUGAACGCUCACAAUGCUUUCUACUCACACAAGUGAAACCGGGCCGGACCCAAAGGAAGUGAAACAGUGGAUAAAGAAGAAGUUGGCUCUUUCACUUAAAGCUCUACAGAAACACUACGUGACCUCUGACACUGUUGUGACAAGUGAUGACAGCGAUGCAAAUGCUUUGUGCUGUGCCUUAGAAGCAGUUUUCAUUCACGGAAUAAAAAAUAAGUACAUUAAAUUUGAAAACAAUGGAAGAGGGAAGAAAGGCUUCAGAGGUCCUCUGCCUCAACCUGGCUUUUGGGUUUUAUUAAAAACUAUUACUCACCGGGAUGUAAUUACUGAGCUGGAGCACUUGAACUUCAUCAACACCGACGUUGGCCGUUGCCGAGCUUGGGUGAGGUUGGCCCUGAACGAUGGUCUCAUGGAGUGCUACCUGGUGUCUUUGAUCCGCGAGCGGUCAAAACUCCUGGGAUAUUACCAGCCAUCAGCCCUGCUGCUCGACGCCGAGGAGCGUGAAGUUCUCCUGAGUUACCUACAAGGCUUGACGUCGCUCUCCUUCCAGUUGUCUUACAAGUCGGCAGUUCUGAACGAAUGGACCGUUACGCCGUUGGUCCUGGCCGGUCUCUGCUCUUGCUCGGAUCCUCUAGACCUUCCAGUUUCGACAGAAUCUGAACACAAAGCAAAAGACAGCUGGGACUCCGUGUUACAGUCUUCAGACUCUGACAUAAUUGAAGUCCACCAUAAUUCAGGCUCCAGUUCAUCACACGGCAAGAAUCUGGUUAAAAAUAAGUUGACCUCUUCCACGCUAAGCCUGGACACUACCAGCUCCUCACAGCUUUCGUCGAGUUUGAGUUCAGACAGCCUUUUGCAGGUCAGCAGCACCAAAAGCCCAGAUAAGUCUUCUGAAGAGCCCUGGUCAUGUGAUUCGGACAAAUUUGAUCAGAGGUACGAAUUCUGUGAGAACUCUCAGAAUUCCCUGAAGGGUUCAGUGGAUCUGUUGAACCAGGGACAGGACAUCCCGGCUGAGGUGGUGCCAGAGUAUGAUAAAGAGUACCUGCAGUCCUCGCUGGCUGCUGAAGACCAUGGAGUGGAUGACAUUUUACCUUUCAAAGUUUCAUUUGGCAGUGUGGAUGAACUAAACGCCACUGUUGAUGAACCCGCAGUAAAAGUGGCACCGGAAGAAACAAAAAUUCUAGAGUUAAACCAAGAAAAGCACGAGUGUGUCAAGGCUCCCUCUUCUGUCAAUGUAGUAGCCAGCAGGCCGGAAAUCCGCAACACGCCACAGCUGUCCCUAAGAAGGGCGAGCUCCUCGGACGGCUCUUUACCUGUCAGCUCAAGUCUUCCAAAAAGCAGAAGCUGGAUUUCUGAAGAUGAUAUCUAUAAACCUUCUCCUGAGGAGAAAACCACUGAGAAGCUGGCAGUGCUCAGUAGUAGCAGCAGCAAUGAAGGAAGUGAAGGAGUGCCCCUAAAUUUGGAUCCUGCACGUGGCAGCAGCAGCAGUGCCAACAGUAAACUAGCCACAUCUCCAGAGCCCAAGCUCUUUAGGGUUGUUCACCGCCGGCAGAUUGGACUGUCCAAUCCAUUCCGUGGACUCCUUAAGCUUGGCAAUUUAGAGCGGAGAGGGGCGGUGGGAAUCUGGAAGGAGUUUUACUGCGAGCUGUCGCCAUUCGAGUUCCGUCUAUACCUGAACGACGACGAGCGGACUUGUGCGGAAAACUGCUCGCUUUUACGGUGCGAGUCAGUGGUGCUGGCCGGCAAUGAUGGCCGCUUUGAGGUCGCCUUCUCCAGUAAGAGGCUGUACCUGCGGGCCCCCUCUAAAGACGAGGCCGAAGACUGGGUGGAUCGUCUAAAGGAGGCUUUCUUGAAGUGUCGUCCUCAGCAGCAGGAGGAGCACUGGGAGAUCCUUACAGUCCCAGCUUCCAGUAAACCUCUCGGCAGUGCAGAAAAUGGCCUGCCAUCUUCUCAUCAGCCAAGCUGUACACAAGAAGUUAAGCCAGAGCUUGUCUUGGACUGGACGCGCCACACCCAACCGGAGCAGGAUGCCAUCAAGGAGUCUGUCCUGUACAUCUUCAGAGAUAACACAUGGCUCCCCUUUGUGUUUUCCUUGUCUUUGGAAGCUUUGAAAUGUUUUAAACUCACAGAGCAGAAAAAACAUCUACAGGAGAAGUACCUGAUUGAGAAAAUCCGAGAUGUCGUGCCAGACAUGUCCCUUGGCGGGCCGUCGUUUUUUAAAAUUUUAACUUCAAAGGCCACCUUAAAGUUGCAAGCGGAGAACCAGCGGGAGGCAAAGUCUUGGCGGGAGCUGAUCCGGGGCACGAUAACCGCGUACCUGGAAACGGCUGAGGAUGCCCUGUCACCAGGGGGAGGAGAUGGGAAUCUGCACAGGCUUGUCCAGUACAGCCUGAAGGAGAACAGCGCCUUCCUGCAGCAUCUCGACAGCGUCCCAGUGCAGAGGGGUCUGGACGCACAGAAUUUCAAGUGUGCCGGCUGCCCCCGACAGGUUGGGAUUUCAUUUGGAAUAUCAAAGCUGUGCGAGUUCUCUGGGCAGUACUACUGUGACUCGUGCCACCAGGAUGACGAGGCCAUCAUACCUUCGAGAGUCAUUCACAACUGGGACCUGCAGAAGAGAGUGGUGUCUAGACAAGCUGUGGAGUUCUUUGCCCAAAUUCAGUUCGAACCCUUGAUAAACAUCGAGAAUGUGAACCCCAGCUUGUAUGACCACACCGAGCAGCUGGCCAGUAUCUACGAGAGCCGCCAGAAGCUGAAGUUGCUGGGAGACUACCUGAUGACUUGUCGAAGCGGCGCCAUGAAGAAGAUGCAGGCCAAGAUGGAAAAGAGGACCUACUUGCUGGAAUCUGCUCACCUGUACAGCAUUGCCGACCUUGAAGAGGUGGCAGAAGGCCAGUAUGAAGUCUUUCUCCAGUCUCUUAUUCAGACAGCUUCCAAUCACGUGUAUGGAUGUGAUCUCUGUUUCCAAAGAGGAUUCAUCUGCCAGAUGUGCAACCACAGCGACAUCAUCUUCCCAUUUGAGUUUGAAGCCACCACCCGGUGUAAGGACUGCAAGGCCGUUUUCCACUCCUCUUGCAAAACGCCAUCCACCCCGUGUCCCCGCUGCCUGCGGCGGCUGAGGUACCUGGAGCGGGAGCUACAAGACUAGAGGGCAGGGGGACCGGACCACCUUUUAUCAAACAUGAGGACCGCUUCAAGCCUUGUGUCGCAGCAAACUGGACUGUCACAGAUAUCAGGAAGCCAAACUCCUCACACGUGGGGUUGGCACUGAGAGGCCCAGCUGUGCUGUGCGAUUCAUCUGGACGGCCAUUUUUUAUUUUUUUUGCUCUGGACUGGAGAGCUGACGUGACUGUGUUGGAUUUCUGAGUAGCACUUUGCAUUGAGACUGACUGACUCAUGUUGGGGCGGAGGACGGACUGAGACGCCAUCUCUGCUCUUCUUUGCCCCCUCUACCCCCUAUUACUGUUUGAUAAUCGUUACGCACCACAGCUCCGCAAAUUCUGUCUCCCCCUCAGCCAUUCCCCCAAGUCAAGUCACAUUUGAAUCGUCAUUCAAGCAGGAAAUCCAAAAUGCAGCGGGCAGGCGGUCACAACUUUCAUGCAGAGCUACAAUAUCCGGAGUUUUGUUUCUCUUUUGUUUAUUCCCACAUUUCUAUUUAUACCAGUUGUAGACCAUCGGGAGUAAAUCAGAGCGUCGGAACUCGAACUGUGGCUGCAGGAGCCUGAUGAGCAGCUUGUUCUGCACAUUUUGGUCUUGCGCGUCAGUUUACGGAGCGUUGCUCUGCUCUGGGGUCUGCCACCAUUUCACUUCGCUGUGUCUGUGUAGCAGUCGCCUUCAUCUCACACAUUAAGAACCUUCUUGAAAUUUCCUCACACCAUGAAGUUUCUCCAUAAGGUGCCAAACACAAACUUGGGAACCUUUCUUUGCUUCCCGAGCAGAGACUGUUGGACGACUUGAGCUUCUUUGUUUUUUUUGCCACGAUUCAUUAAAUCAUUUAACCCGACCUCUCAUGCCAAGAUCACAUUUGGUGCUAAAUGAAGAGAAAACUUUUGCCUUUCGCCACCUUAGGAGAGAUGAAGUCUUCCAUUCCGGCAUGCGGCUGUUCGUCAGUCCACUUUCUGCAUUCCCGGCCGGAAACGGCAAAAUGAAGACGUUUACUCGAACUGAUUUUAAUGUUCAAAUUUUUUUUUUGUUUUUUAAAUUAUCUUUAUGUACAUGAAGAUCACAACACGUGGCCUCGCUGUACCAUACAAAUAGUUUCUCUCGCACACUCAGGAGCACUCGGGCGUGAAGACGUCAGAAAAAUAUUUAUUUAGACUUUUGUGGGAGCCAUUUACGGUGCCUUGACUUGUUUAUAUGGACAUAUAUAUAUUUUUUUUUAUUAAUAGUGAAAUGCAUUUCCUGAUAAUAUAAAUGUUUAGCAUGUAAAUCUCUUAUCUGAUGUGCCAAAAAGAGUACCGGAGCUGUACGUGCGCAGAUUUACCUUUAACGAUGAAAACGUCGAAAGGCUGUUGGCCUACUGGACUUGAAAUUCUCCUGCAUGUGUGAGUGUGUGUGAGUGUGUCAGGAUCCAGGUGGGCCACUCCAGGCCCUUCGGUGGUCACUGAGCCAAAUUUAUAGUCGUCGUCUCGUUGUUUGUAAUUGUCCACCUCAUUUCCAGCGGCUUCAGACUUAGGGGGGUCUCGACUUGCUUGUGAAGGGUCACUGCACUGUCCUGUUGGAGUUCUUUUCUGCUGCACUUGUUUGUCUCCGACCGUUCAGUACGCAUGUUGUGAGAAGAUCGGUGUGACGUCUAAUCGGUGCACGGCUGUCCCUGUGUCUGUUGUGUUCGAGUGUGUGUUUGUGUGUGUGUGUCUGUUUUUUUUUUUUUUUUUUUAAAGAGUUUUACAUUUAUGGUCUACACAAAUAAACUUUCUAUUGUCUUCUACA